UUAUGUAACAUAUUCUGAUCAUUUUAUACUCACAGAUUCCGAAUGUUUUCACCAAGACUAUCAGAGUCGGAAGACCGUUACACCCAUUCUUUUUAAUGUGUCCUCGAGUGAACACACAGCAAAUGAGGGUAUAACUGCAACAUCACCAGCUUUUAAUAACCAGACAGGACUGAUGUCACAACUCGUCCCUAACAUUAACUAUACAAACACAGAAAACCAAAAGCUGGAGUCAUCUCCCGAAAAAGCGGUUCUUCUUGGUGCAAGCAUUGCCGGAGCAAUAUCAGUUUCCAUCCCUUGUCUGAUAUUAAUUGUAUACGGAUUUUGCAAAGAUAGAAAAUAUCAUUCCUUGAACGGUAUUUUUUCAUCCCUGUUGGAGACAAAAUGCGACUCUCACACACCACGGCAGACAGACAUCAAUGUCCAAGAUAAUGGAGACAAACUUGAAGACGAGAGGUUCACGGAAGAACAUCCAUUGACAGUAGAUAUAGUCCAAGUGAUAUAGUAAAGGAUGCGUAUAUCGACUUAAUAAUGGCAUAUCAAAAUUAACUGAUUACUGACAACUUAAGAUUGACUAGUUGGUGACAGGUUACGAUUGACUGACUAAUGGCGAAUUGAGAUUGAUAAAUGACAAGUUAAAAGUGACAAUGAAGGACAAAUUGAAAGAUCAUGCACCAUAUUAUAAAAACAAAUUUGAGCACGUUUGACUGGAAAUCGACAUAUUGAAAUUGACUGACUGAUGACAUCAUUAUACCUUAAGCACGCCAAAUGGAACUUGGCAAUGAUAGGCUCAGAUUAACCAAUUUCAGAUAGGCCUGAUUGACAAAUAUCAGUGUUUUAUUGACUGACUGAUAUCAAAUAGAUAUUGGCUGAUUGAUGUCAAAUAGAGAUUGAAAAACUGACAUUAGAUAGGUUAAGCGACUGAGGUUAGAGAUUGUCUGAGUGAUGUUAGAUAGAGAUUGACUGAGUAAUGUUAGAGAUUGACUGAUACUAGAUAGGUUUAGUGACUGAUGUUAGAGAUCAACUGAGUGAUGUUAGAUAGAGAUUGAUUGAGUGAUGUCAGAGAUUGACUGAGUGAUGUUAGAGAUUGACGGAGUGAUGUCAGAGAUUGACUAAGUGAUGUUAGAGAUUGACCGAGCGUCGUUAAGCAGAGAUUGACAGAGUGAUGUUAGAUGGAGUUUUUAAUGAGUGAUGGUAUACUAAUGGCAGGUUAAGAAAGAACAAGAGCCACAGAUACUCAAAUAUGACCCUGUAAUUUUGAGUAAAAUAAAGUAUCUUCCUUCCAAAA